GGGACUUCCGGUGCAUGGGGUGCUGUUCCGGGUUGUGGCGCGGUUCGAGGCAGCGAGGGUGCUACUUGGCCGGCCUGCGGCUGCUACCGGUACUGACAUGAGGGCGAGCCGGGAAAGCGGCAGCUAAGCAGGCUGGGAAAGCGCCAGUCCCCAAGAAUUCCGAGAGUGCGGAGCUCGGGGCAGGGGCUGGAAGGCGCCGGCAAGCUGGGCCCUCCGCUCAGGAACGUGUCCCGGGGCCGACCCGGCCCGUAGUGUGGCAGCAGCUUCAGUGAGGAGCUCAAUUCAAGUCUUGCCAGGAUGCCAAGCUUUCUGAUUCUAAUUGACAUGCUUAAAGUCAUACAACCAUUUAUUGGCUGGCCCCAGUGGAGAAUGGCCCAAAUCUAAAAUGCUGCUCCUUCUCUCUUGAUGGCAGUUGCUGACAUAUAGGAGACUAACAAAGAAGACUGAGGUACAGACUUGAAUCUUGAAGUGAUGUGAGGUGGGAUUUUGGAGUCACACCCACCUGGAUUGACUACUGGCUCUGUCAGUUCUUAACUGUGUGACGUGGACAAUCUGCAAAAUGAGGACAAUACUGCCAAUCUCAUGCAGUAUUUGUGAGGAGUAAAUGAAACAACUAAUGUAGGUGAGCCUGUGAAACAAUAUGAAGAGGAGAAAAUAGCCUUUUAAGGAAAUUGGCCCACAGAAAGGAUGGCCUUCUUGGACAAUCCAACUAUCAUUCUAGCUCAUAUUCGACAGUCACACGUGACCAGUGAUGACACAGGAAUGUGUGAGAUGGUUCUCAUUGAUCAUGAUGUUGACCUAGAGAAGAUUCAUCCUCCUUCAAUGCCUGGAGACAAUGGGUCAGAAAUUCAGGGAAGCAAUGGUGAGACUCAGGGCUAUGUAUAUGCCCAAUCAGUCGAUAUCACCUCAAGUUGGGACUUUGGUAUUAGAAGACGCUCAAAUACAGCUCAGAGAUUAGAACGACUCCGAAAAGAGAGACAAAACCAGAUCAAAUGCAAAAAUGUUCAGUGGAAAGAAAGAAAUUCUAAGCAAUCAGCCCAGGAGUUGAAGUCACUAUUUGAGAAAAAGUCCCUCAAAGAGAAACCUCCAAGUUCUGGAAAGCAGUCAAUAUUAUCUGUACGCCUGGAGCAAUGCCCUCUGCAGCUGAAUAACCCCUUUAACGAGUAUUCCAAAUUUGACGGCAAGGGUCAUGUAGGCACAACAGCAACCAAGAAGAUCGACGUCUACCUCCCCCUGCAUUCAAGCCAAGACAGACUGCUGCCAAUGACUGUGGUGACAAUGGCCAGUGCCAGGGUGCAGGACCUGAUCGGGCUCAUCUGUUGGCAGUACACAAGCGAAGGACGGGAGCCAAAGCUCAAUGACAAUGUCAGUGCCUACUGCCUGCAUAUUGCUGAGGAUGAUGGGGAAGUUGACACAGAUUUCCCUCCACUGGAUUCCAACGAGCCCAUUCAUAAAUUCGGCUUCAGUACUUUAGCCCUGGUUGAAAAGUAUUCAUCUCCUGGUCUGACAUCCAAAGAGUCGCUUUUUGUUCGAAUAAAUGCUGCUCAUGGAUUCUCCCUUAUUCAGGUGGAUAACACAAAGGUCACCAUGAAAGAAAUCUUGCUAAAGGCAGUGAAACGAAGAAAAGGAUCCCAGAAAAUUUCAGGCCCUCAGUACCGCCUGGAGAAGCAGUGCGAGCCCAACGUCGCCGUGGACCUGGAGAGCACUUUGGAGAGCCAGAGCGCGUGGGAGUUCUGCCUGGUCCGCGAGAACAGUUCAAGGGCAGACGGGGUUUUUGAGGAAGAUUCACAAAUUGACAUAGCUACAGUACAGGAUAUGCUUAGCAGCCACCAUUACAAGUCAUUCAAAGUCAGCAUGAUCCACAGACUGCGAUUCACAACGGAUGUACAGUUAGGUAUCUCUGGUGACAAAGUAGAGAUAGAUCCUGUUACGAAUCAGAAAGCCAGCACUAAGUUUUGGAUUAAGCAGAAACCCAUCUCAAUCGAUUCUGACCUGCUCUGUGCCUGUGACCUUGCUGAAGAAAAAAGCCCCAGUCACGCAAUAUUUAAACUCACGUAUCUAAGCAAUCACGACUAUAAACACCUCUACUUUGAAUCCGACGCUGCUACCGUCAAUGAGAUCGUGCUCAAGGUCAACUACAUCCUGGAGGCACGAGCAAGCACUGCCCGGGCUGACUAUUUUGCUCAAAAACAAAGAAAACUGAACAGGCGUACAAGCUUCAGCUUCCAGAAGGAGAAGAAAUCAGGGCAGCAAUGACACUGGCCUCCAGCCUCAACCUGUUGCCAUAACUCAGAGCCUGCCUGCCAGGCCAGGGGGCCCUAGAGCCCUCCCGGGUCCUGCAGUCCUCGGGGGGAGGCAGUCCCUGGCUCACGGGCACAGGGCUGGUGUGCUCUCAGGGGGAGGGGCCCCCUCAGAACAGAGUGGAGGACAUUUCCAUGGGACUGAAGCCUGAGAGGCAGUGGCUUUGAUUAGCAGUGCGCAGGGGCCAGGGGACACCAAGGAGCCACGUGCUGCCCAGCCAUCGUCUCCGCCCGACGGCCCUCCUGAGGAUGUACAUAGCCACGCCCAGACAUUUCCUUGCAACUUGAUCAAAUUUCUUAAACAAAGAACAAAAAUUUUUAUCCUUUGAAUAAAACAGGUGUACUCUUUA